GGUUGGUGACGGCAGAGGCAGACGGGACCCCAGAGCAGCCGGGGCCGAACCCUGACUCCCAGAGCCCCCACGGUCCCCAUCCUUUCUCCCUGCGGUGGUGACACGUUGCUGGCAACGGGGUAGGGAGGAGAGGGCCGGGCUGGCAGCUCACCGCCCGCUGGGCGUCGCGGCUGAGGUCCUUCUGUGCGCCCCUGCGGGAGGCGGCCGGCACGGAGCACAGACUCUUUGCACCGCGGAAGCACACGGUGACAGACGGAGAUGGCUCUGAGGAUGUUACUCUAGCCUCCGCGGGCCUGCAAGGGGCUCAGGGACGCAUCACAGUGCCCCACCCAGAGGGUCACCGUGCGGGGCCGGGCCGUGUGCCUGCCGGACUCUGAGCGCGAGGCCUGGGCCAUCCCCUUCCCGCCUCUCCGUGGAUAUGAACCAUCCCUCCGGCUUCCUGGCCACCGCGUCCUGGCCCUCCCCUCCCUCUCCUUCCCCCUCUCUCAGCCCAGGGACCAGCCCCGAGGGGCGGUGGUCACAUGGCACCACACCUGCACACUCUCCUCUCCGCUGGGCGCUUGCAGGAUGCAAAUCAGUCACCAAUGUGGGAAGCAGGUACUUCGGGGUAAGAGCUGCUCUCUAAAUUUAGACAGGAAAAAUCCCCAUAGAGCUGGCAGAAAUAUCCCGAGCCUUCCUUGUGGCGAACCUCUCAAGCAGGAAAGUGGGGAGGGGGCAGCGAGAGCCGGGGGCUGUGGGGGGGGGGAAUGGGGGCAGGGCCAAGAAAGGGUGAUGGAGGCAAAGGCCCUCAUCUACGGGCCCGUCUUUGUCACCCUGGAGCCAUAGCCUCGGGCUCCACCCUGGCGGGGCUGGCCUGGAUUCAACGGUCCUACCAGGCCCUCUCCACAGUCGGUUCUCUGCCAAUUCGGACCGCGCGGACACCUCUCCAGGGUCCCUCUGCAACCAAGAGCUGCCUCCUUCCUUGCUCUGGCCGGGGAGCUGGCCAUAUUCCGCCCCCUCCAGCCAAGAAUGACUGGGACCAGACCCAAGCCCCCAGGGCCCAAGCAGUCCCCUCUAUGGAGGCUGCAGCCUGGCUGGGGUCCUCGUCCUCAUCUCUCCACGGAGAGGAGCAGAGCAGUGCUCGGUGCCCCCUGACCCCAGAGCGGCACCUGACCCGGCCAGCGGGGUGUCCGGCCUUGGUCUGGGUGCCAGGAGCCAACAGGGCCCAGCCUGGGCCCUGCAGUGUUGAGAGGGGACGCGGGGGACACAGCGGAGAAGCAGCCAGACUUUGUUCUCAAUCCCGUGACGGAAGGGGGCAGACCCCCGAGGAGCACGGUCGCAGGAUGAGAUGCUCCAACUCGAGAGGCACGUUCCGGUCAGGACGUGGAGACACGCAGCCGGAAAGGCGGGUGGACCGCUCAGAGACCUUCCGCAGCUCAGCCGGUGGACGGGGGGGUCUACAGCAGGGGAGCAACUCCCUGCAGGCUCUGGGUACCCCCAAUCUCCCCGGCCAUUCUGGCUCCCCUCUCUUCUGCCCCAUUCAGCCCUCGACUUGCCUGGGACAAGCCAGGAAGCCACCUGCAUCUGUCAUCUCCCCUUCCGUAGCAUGGGGGCUGGAGGGGCUGCCCGCCCUCCCUCCUCAUCCCCACUCACCUCCCUUUGCCCGUCCAGCCGAUGGGUGUGGGCGUCCGGCUCUCUCCCGGUAAAAGGAUUAUAUCAUCUGUAAUGUAUAUCCAGACACGCGCACUGCUUCUCGGGAGGACAAGGCAAGGAGAGGGAGCCCGCACAGCUGGCCGGAGGGGGUUUAUAACCGGGUUAUUGAACCUGAACCUGAGCCCUCCCAGAAUGGGGGUGUUAAUGGCUCCCGAGGUCACGGCCCCUCAGAAAUCAAUCGCUGCACGCUUCUCCUGUCCCUCCCCUCGUGUCGCUCCCUCCUGUCACCUCAGCUGCAAGUGCAGACCCCGGGAUGUGCAUUUGGUUUAAGAUGUCUGGCCCUGGCCCUGCUGGGAGCCGCCACAGGCAAGUGGGGUGCUCCAGAACAGGGUCUAGGACGCUCCUGAAGGCAUGGCAACCGGUAGCAUGACGCGCCUAGAAGAUGCCGGCUACAGCACCCCACGUGGGGGGAGGGGCAGGGCGAACCGCGGCACCCAGCCGUGGAGUGACCAGAGUGACGCGGUGAUGGUGGCCUGGGGGCCGGGAGCGGGGUGGGCGGUGUCACGGGGGCUAACGGCUUCGGGUAGCACCCCGUGGGUGCCCAGAAAUAAAGCCUCAGGUGUGGUGUGCCCACGUGCCAGGGCGCCCCAGACGGGAGCAGGAUCUCCGUGCCAGGCCCACGGGAGGUAGGGCCUCUCCUCCCACUUUGCUUGCCUGGAAAGCGGCCCGGAAUCGGGACCUGGAAAACGGGCUUAACAGGUACGGCUGUCUUCGGCCCGAGGCCCAGAGCAGCAGAGCUGCGGUGUGCCUCGGGGUUCUGGUGGCAAAGGGGGCGGGGGUGCUGAGGACAGAGAGUCUCAGGGGCUGCCCGGCAACUCGGCUGAGAUUCCAGUCCUGUCAGGAACGGACGGGAGUGAGCAUGCGGGCUGGGCGGCUUUGGAGAGGGAGGCCCAGCUGCGUCUUCAGAACAACCUCGGUUCCAACACAAUUGGCCUGGUACUCAAGUCCUCUUCUAGAAGGAUUCGCAUUUUAUUCCUCAACAGGGUAUACAGUCAGGCCUCGCUCGCUAAGUCCCCGGCCUGGUCUGGCCAUUUCUGCCUUCUCCUCUUCCAGCACUGGGUGGGCCUUGUUGCCUGGAGAGCAGAGGCCCCGUGGCAGGGCUGGGGUGGGAGCUCUGCAGGGGUGGGGGACAGCAGCAUUCGAUCCAAAUGUUCCUCCUCCAGCCUGUUGGGCCCUGAGUCACUUAAGCAUGGCAUGGGGGUGGGGAGGUGGGGACUGGUUAUCCAACCUUUCCAGAAAGUCCUCUGAGUCAG